UUACCACGAUGGCUACCCAGAAAUUCGGGUACAACCGUCCCCACCAUACCAACCUCCCACCUCCGUCCGAGAAGAGCUCCAGUCGGCACACCUCGCAAAUAUCUAUCUGACCGACCACUACAAGCCAUGACCGAUAUGUAGAAGGCACCUGAAUUUUGGGUUGGACCUGCGGGUUGGACUGGGGUCUGCGAUCUGCGCAACGAUUACUUGCGCUACCCCAUCGAUGGAAGGCUUGGUAUUCCUCAUCUGUCAAUACCAAUGUCCAAGACAACGGGGGAUACCUAUACCCUGAGGCCGCGGUACCGAUUCUGCGAGAUCUGCGACUACAGCGUUCCCGUUCACGAAUGGCGGGAGCAUAAUAAAUCGGAGGACCACUAUGCAAACGAGAAAGAGGCGCUCCGAAACUAUGAAAUCAAGCUAUCCGGUGAUGCAGUGCCCACCGUAAACGGCAGCUUGGAGGCAAAGAUUUUCUUCUGCGACCGCCAUGAACAUUGCGGAGCACAGCCAUGUUGUACUUGCGAGCAAUCCCGGAAAAUUCUCACGACCAGUUACUCGCCUCGGCCCAAACAGGCUUGUGAACUGUCCCAGGAUACUUCUAUGGCCGAUUGUCUACCUGGGCUCGAAGAAUUAGUGUGGAUGAUGGAACAAUUCAAUACAACUGGGGGCAACAAGGGUCGGGCCGACACAACCUGGGCCUCUUGUGAUUGCGGUAUUGCAGUGCUCAGAGAUGCGCUAGUUGCAAGCCACCAUCAGUGCUUACCAAAGGCGCACAAGAUAGCCGUGAUCCAGAAACAACUUCACUGGCGCCAUCAUUUCUCGCAAUCGAAGGGCUCACUCCCCAACCAUCUCAAGUGUACUGCACCAUCUGCGAACGCCGGGUCGAGGAUUGGCGAGCGCACGUCGACGGAGGUCUUCACCGCAGGAACGAUAUCCUGAAGAGGGAUCGAGAAGUGGAAGAGGAAAAAUCAGAACGGCACCUAACAUUCCUGUGGUGUGUUGGGGUGCGCCGGCGAAUG